CAACCUCAAACGGUUGGAUCUCCCAUCCCACACAACGAAGGAAAGCCCAACGUCAUCAGCAAGCCAAUCAAUUCAUCGGCACAUCCUUAAUAAAAACGAACAAACUAAUCAAUCAAUAUGAGGAUCGAGAAAUGUUAUUUUUGCGGUGCCAAUGUCUAUCCUGGUCACGGGACCAUGUUCGUUCGAAACGAUGCUAAAAUGUUUCGCUUCUGUCGAUCAAAAUGCCACAAGAACUUCAAGAUGAAACGUAAUCCCCGUAAGGUUAGAUGGACGAAGGCAUUCCGUAAGGCCGCUGGUAAAGAAAUGGCGAUUGAUUCAACUUUGGAAUUCGAGAAACGUCGAAACGUUCCUGUAAAAUACGACCGAGAGCUCGUCCAGACCACCAUCAAUGCGAUCGAUCGAGUCGCAGCCAUCAAAGCCAAGCGAGAAAAGGCAUUCUAUGCCGCCCGAAUGGCAGCAGCAGCCCCCGUGGUUCGCAAGAGUAUGGCCGUGGAAGUCGUCAAGGAUCGACAUGUGCUUGGAUUGAAGGACGAUGAGUUGACUCAGAAGGCAGUCGAAGCCGCAGAGAGCCGACUGGCAGUGAUCAAUGCCCGAGAAGAAGAGAAGAAAGCGAGCAGAAAGACCAAGAAGACCCACACCGAAGAUCUCGAGAUGGAUGCGGUCGUUGAAGAAACUGGGGAAUCGAAUGUCGAUCUUACCCAAGCGAUCUCGAAGGCCCUCGUCUCAACCGCUCUUGCUACUCGCUCCGAACCUGAAAAGACAAAGAUGAAGAUGAAAAUUAAGAACAAAGUCACGAGAAAGUCGGCCUUGGUUCCCGCCAACCAAAGUAUGGAUCUUGAUUGAAUGCAUCGACCAACCCCAAAAAAACUAGAAAGCAAAACUCAGUGUAACGGUAAACUGACGGGAAUUCUGUAGUUAUCGUUCCCACUACGAGUAACGGAGGCCCGAUGUUUUGUCGUUUUGAAUUUUCAAUUUGACUAUGAUUAUAUGGCUUGUUUUAUUAUCGAUCAACAGAAAAAAUUAAUUCCAUUGAAUGCUACGAUAUCAGGCAAAAUACACUCAACAUCGUUGCUGAUAACGAAGAAAGUAAACAAAGUUACAAGUACUACAGAGAAAACCAAUGAGCUCUCUAACUUUG